CUCAACCAGCGACCGACCGACGUAGGAGCGAGGCUUCUCUCCGACCUACUUCUCGCGCCCGUCUUCGCCUUCUUCCAUCGUGGUGGCACGAGACGAGUCUUCGCACAAACCCUUCCGCGAGAGCAAGACCUUUUUCGAUUUGUUAAAUAAUCCCGAGAUCAAAAAUGCAUCCGGAAAUGGAUACAACAUCUGUAACAGAGAUGACGCCGACAGGAGCGCUUUAUCUGCUCCUGACGAUCUUGACGAUCUUAGAUGGAUCGAAAUGCAACACGAGAUACUUCGUAAAAAUGAGGACGAAUGCAUCCGACAUGUUUAAAACGAAAGCCGAAAAUCUACGGAUUCUUCAAGAUCCGAUAGCGAUCACGCCGAAUUCCCUGUACGAUAAUGAAGAAAACGAGCAUCAAGUCGAGGACGAGAGAAUGACUAAGGAAAUAUCGAAUGAUCAAUUUAAUCGGAGAAAUUCCUUCGUCGAGACUUCGACUUUCAAUCCAGAUGUACUCAACAAGUUUCUCGAGGAAUACGCGAACAAAAUAAAGAGCACUACCGAGAAGAGUUUCAAGUAUCCUUUCAGAAUCGUAAAACCACCUGCAGAGCCGCUUGUCCUCGAAAUCGACAACGAAACCGUCGAGACCACAACCAGCGAAGAGGAUGAAAAAUUUGAUCAGAAUUCAAGUACUAUUUCAGAAGAGAAUGAUGCGUUAAGCGAGGCACUGAACGACACUGUGAAGAGGAACAAAUAUUACGGUACAAAUACUUAUGAGGACAGGAAUGGCUGGGUGACGUUAGAAGCAAUUCCAUGGUCUAAGAGCAAAAUUUCCAAGUGGCAGGCCAAUCCCAGCACUCAACGACCUUGGCCAGAGAUAAAACCGUGGGAUAAACCGAGCAUGAAACCAUGGGCCAGUGACUAUACCAUCAGACCCACUUAUGAAAACAACAAACCGUGGUACGACAAGUCGAAACCCAAUUGGUCCGAUAACAAUGAGAACCCGUAUCAGAAACCGAUUUCCCGUCCUUCUUAUCAUUCCGGCGACGUGGCACAAAAGUGGCCAUCAGAGAAACCGUAUUGGAACAAGCACGAAACUCAUCGUCCAAAUAGCGACAUCAUCACGGACGAUAGACCUGCCAACUUCCCCAACACUUGGUCCAGGCCUCAGACGACUUCGUAUCAGCUUAUCGACAAGUACACGGAGAAGGAUCAAUCAGGAGACGGGAGCGAAUGGCACGAUUACUCAUCUAAAUAUGAUCAAAAUCGACCCACCAUAAUCACCGAGAGACCAAACUUCUCGCAUUAUCAAUACGUGAAUAAUCAUCCACCGAAUCAUCCGGCGAGCGGUGAUGGUCAGUGGAUCCUUCUGUCAACGAACCGCGGAUAUUCCAAGUCGAGACAGAGAUCAAUCAAGAUCGAUACGGUAAACACUCCGGAGGCACUCCAGGCGGUCAACACGACGAAUCGCGGGAAUAAACAAAACAGGCCUGCACUACCCGUGAUAACUUCAAAACGUCAGGUCAGAUUGACGGUGUUGCCGUCGAUCAACGGCACGAACACGACGACGUCUCACGGAGGUCUUCUGGAAGUCGAGAAGACGUUCAAGAGCGUCGACCAGAGUCGCAAGGAAUACGAGAUGGGAAAAUUGACGACCGAACCAAGUAUCCCGAACAAAAGACCGAUCAGGCACACUUUGAGCGGACAACCGUCCAGUUCGGCAGUCCUGGCAGCCGUCGGCGCAGGUAUGUUGCCGGCGACAAUGGCAAUGAUGAUACCGAUGAUGCUGGGCCGCCGAAAGAGAGAUUUAAGACUGAUGAAUGGCUUCAGCAAAUCCUACGAUCUCCAAAUGAAUCUGCGUAAACUCGCGAGAGAAUACAACACCCAAGAAAGAAGACCAAUAGGACUGUAGAUAUUAAGGUAGAACAGGACUACUCGUUCAACAUUUAAAAAAUAUUCAUUAAAUGCAAAAUGAUACGAAAUGCAAAAGGUAGAGAAUGAAACGCGACAUGUAUAAAUCACGCUGAAGUUUCAAAUGCGGAACAAAACAUUAGAAAUCUAAAAAUAAAGCGAUUGAAUGAAUAAUUGGCCUAUAAAUUUGGUGCAUUUUUGCGCUAAUUAUUCAGCUAGAAUUUAAAUAAAAAUAGUUUCAACAUGUAUAUGAGAUUUAAAGUUAAGCAUAUAUAUACAUAAAUUUUGCAGACUAUUUCUCGAGAUAUCGUAUUAAUCAGUUAUGCUAUAGAUGUUUUAAUAAUGAAUAAUCGAUACUUCUGUGCUUAAACAAGCAGCGUAUAAAUAC